AUGUAUGAACACAGCGUACGAGAUUACUACACUCAUCAUACUGAGAGGUUGAGGCUUCAGCUGGAGCGUGUCUGCUCCAUUCAUGAAAAUCCAUCUGUAAAUAAUGGUUUCGUUUCCAAGCUGGAAGAUAUGCGCUCCAAUCGUGAUUGGUCAAAAUUUCAUUUACAAGAAACUUCAACCUUACAUCAAAAAGAUAUGAAUUCUAUCCAAUAUACCGACUUGCUCACGUUCAUCCAAGACAACAGAAUGGAUAACUUUAGGGAGUUAUGGCCAGCACAAGAAACAGCAAAAGAGUUGCAAGAGUGCAUGGAGCAUUUAGGUGAGAGUAAUUGGGAAAUACAUUAUUCAAUAGACAAAUAUGAGGACUAUUUGGAUGUAUUUUCUUAUGACGAAAGACCAGACGAAAACAUUUAUAGUGAUAUCCAACUUGAAGAUGUCUUAUUGGACUUUGAGAACCUUAACUCCGCGCUACUGUUUUUCUCAAAGGAAAUUUUGCCCAAUUUUGAUGUUGAACAUCAUUCAACCUUUAGAAAAGAUCUAUUACAUGAGGUUUGUGCCAAACCAUCAACAGACUCUGUUGUUAACGAGAUGGAACAAAUGUGUAAUGCCUACCCAAAAGUUUCUCAAGGUGAGUCCCUCAUUAACGAGCCCAAGAACUCCUAUCGGACAGGAUACACGCUUGUACAACUAUUCCACUCCUCUUUUGACAAUAUCGUGGACGUAUUUUCAAACCUUGAAGACACUUUCUCUGAUAUAUUACUGCUCAUCAAUGAUGAACAUUCAGAAUUAGACUCUUCAUUAUACUCCGUUGUAGAUAUUGCUGAUAAGAAUACUCUCGAGUUUGAUAUUGAAUCCAAAUCUGAGUCAUACCUUCUUUUACAGUGCCGUCCUUACAAGGAUUACCUUAAGAUAGAAAUGAGCGCUCAUUCGACUGUCUUGAAAUCAACUGACAUCAAUUCUCUUUUAUCAUUUGAAGAAGAAUAUAGCCAUGAGCAAAUAAGUUCAGCAGUGCACGAAAUUGUCAACACUGUUGAUAGUACAGACAUUCUAGAGGAGAUUUCACCAAACGUUUUUAUUACAGAGCUUCAGACAAUUGCAAUUUCAAAGACACAGGAGCAAAUAUACGUGCAAGAGUUUUGGUGUCUAGAUUCCAAAGACAAAGAAAUUAAUAAUGCACGCAACAAUAUCCAUUUCAUUGACACAAUUAUUAAUACAGACGACGUGAAGACCAUUCCAAACCCUCUCACAGAAGUUACACUUUCAAAAUGUGACAAUAUUAUUCCCAUUGAGAGGAUAGCAAAACCGAAACCCACAACAAAUAUAGAGAUUACUCUACCUAGCAUGUGGCUUUCAGAUAAGAUUUACUUAUUCAGAAAGGAAAUUGACAAGGAAGGCUACACUGAAAUAUUGCCCACUAGAGAAGAUGUGAGCUUCCAAACAUUCGAACAUUUUGCAACAGAGGAGCAAUAUUGUCCAAACGUGCAAGAUAUUUAUUUGAAUGUGCCAAACCAUUUGAAGCCAUCAUCGAAGACAAGAGUAAGAUCUGAAAAGUUGGACAAGGCUCUGUUUAAUCUGGAAAUUCGUGAGAAAGAUUAUGAAAACAUGGAUAUCUUGUUCAUUCAGGAAAUGUUCAAGCAAACAUCAUUAUACGCAAAUACAGUUUCCCACUACAAAGAUGAUGGAAGAGGCGCUCUAUAUCAAUAUGAAUCUUUAUUGGAAAAUUUACUUUCUAUCGAGGAGUUCCAAGAGCAUGGAAAGCCCAACACGCACAUUCUACAAACUAAAGCUGGAACAAAAAAUCACUCCAAACUUGAGGAGCUUGUAGAGGAAAACUUGGAGAGCUUUAUGAUCCAAAAAAAAGCACACACUUAUUCUACCACACAGCAGCUGACAUCAACUCUUGAAAAAUCUACAAUCGAUACAAAUAAGGAAAACAAUCUAUUUAUACCGGACGACAUUAGAGUUUCAAAAGAGGCCAUUGACAUUGUCACAGACAUUCAAAAUCAAAAUUCAUUGCUGGUGCUGCCUGCUAUAACGUUGAGAUCAGUAAUUGGGCUAUUACUUUUACAAAAACUCAAGAAAUGUAGCUCAAGUUCCAAUUUUAUUAUCAUUGAUAGCAAUGAAAAGCGCUUGGAGGAAGAUUUUAAGUUUUAUUCUUCAUAUCUUUCGAAUCACACCAGAAAUCUAAUCAUGGUGACGAAAGAAAAUUUUACAUUUCAACUUGUCAAAAUUAACACAAAUUGCAAGUUGAUAUUUUUAUCCUCCCACAUAGUCGACAAUUUUUUGCAACGUUUUGAAAACGUGAUAUCUAAUUGUAGUUUCAUUUUUUAUCAAGAUUCUAUAGUUGCCAAUUUGAUAGAAAGAAAUAUUCCAUCUGCAGCACAAGUCUCAAUUUGCAAAGUACUGGAAAAUGUUUACGCAAUUUCAAAGAAAACUGUACAUUCUAUUAUUGCCUCAUUUAUUCCCGCUCGAAGCGUUGGUGAACUCAUUAGUUUGUUGGAUGCAAUAAUCUCAAAGAGAAUAAUUGUCAAAAGAAAGAACAUCACUUCUUUUCAUAAAGAGUUGGUUGUCGAAUUGGAUGGACCGAUAUCAAAGUUUCUAUGUGAUCUCACCAAGAUUGGUGACUUUACAAUGAGCGGAGUUUCAGGUGUAAAAGGAUAUGAUUUUGACACAAUGAAAUUCGUGGAGGUAGAUUCAGACUAUAUCAAGCACAUAGUAGAGGAUUUUGGAGCUAGCUUAAAAGUUGUAAUGGCUUCCAAUGAUCAAAGGCGGAUCAGUGAAACGAAGUCUGUCUUCAAGAGGCUUGUUUGCCUUCAUACUUUAAAAUACUUAUAUGAGGUUAUUUUGGAUGGUGGCAUCUCGGUAGGACUGUCAUUUCUUGAAAAGAUUAAACAAAGUGACACAUACAACACUGUGUUGGAGGGAUCAAUUUCAGAUAUAUUCAUUCGCCUCAAAGAUUUACAAGAAAAUUGUUCUCAGCACGAAUUGGACUCCUAUAUAGACAAAUUCAAAGUUAUUGAAGAUAAUAUCCUACAAACAUUAACCACUAACAGCAACAUGAAAAUUUUGUUUGUUACAAAGCACAACAAAGUGUUGACUUUACUGCGUGAGCACCUGCAACGAAAGUUUAGUGCUUCCCAUCAGAUCAAAUAUUUCACCUUAAUAGUUGGAGAAAAGGAUAUGAUAUUUAUGCGUGAUGCUACCUUAAAUGAAGAAGAACCAAAGCAAGGAUUUUCGGAAGUUUUGAAUUUUAAUUCAACGCAAUUUCACUUUGCCACUUACACCAUGCUGGAAAGGAUAAAGGAACAGAGAUCGUUCGAAGCAUUUUCUGGUUUUUUAUCAAUAGUUCAAGUGGAGCCAGGUAUUUUACCACUAGCUCUUUACUCAUUGAUAUCAAGAUGUAUGGUUGAGAGUUGGGUUAUUAAUAAUGUAUUACCUUCUGUAACAGUUCCUCAAGAUCUUUUUAAAUGUGCUUAUUUUGUAGAUACAUGGAGUUUAGGGUUGCAAAGAAUACUUCAAACUGACUCUUCAACUAUGGAUAUGGAGGAUUUAAUGUCUGUACCUCUUAGAGAUAAGGACAUCUCAUUACUUCCAGAUUCAGAUUUGAAUAUGAUUGCUAAUAAUUAUCUAAGAGACAUGAAAACAACGAGGAAAUCAAUUAUUAAGAUAAUUGCUACUGAGAAAUGCAUUCAAAAUAGCGAACUUAUUGCAGAACUAGAGUCAAGAUUUUUAGUUUCUGUUGUGGAGAGAGAUUUUGUCAAUCAUGCUCCAGCUGACAUGCUCAUCAAUGACAGACAUUGUGUUCUUAUUGCGUCACCUGAAAGUUUAGAUACAGAGGACACAAUACGAGAGGAAACUAUCAAUUUAUUUUCCAAAGUGCUUCAUUUAUCUCAUCAAUUUUCUUAUUGUUGGAUCAUUAUAGAAAAGUACAUUGAUAAUUAUGAAAACUCAUUAGGAGAAAUAGACUCUAUGACAUAUUUAGCAUCCUCUUUAUUGUCUUUCACAAAAUCGUUGAGUAGAAUUGAGGUGAAUGUCAAAAUGAGUUAUAGCAUGGACCAAACAGCAGAAAUCAUUAGUGUUAUAUGCAGCGAUGUUAAGGACCAAACAAAGACGUUGAACAAGGACAUACUAUGGAUUCGAGAACAUGAGACUGAUCACGAGUCAUUCUUAAUGCAAUUUCCGUUUAUUAACUGUUAUUCAGCCCAAGUGAUUCUUCAAAAUUACACCUUGAAGCAAAUAGCCAGCUUUAGAAACUUCGACGAGUUUGCUUUUCAUUUAGGAAACAUGGUUGCUGAGCCAAUUUUGAGCAAUUUCUAUCAGUGCUUUAACGAAAUUUUUGAUGGGCAUGAUGAGAAUGCCAACAUGGCAACAGCCACGGAUGAUGAGGAAUUCAUUCAGACUUCGCAAGUACUGAUCAAUCAAGGGUCAAGCCAUGUUGAUCAUUCUUUCUACAUUAACAACCAGCCAAUGUUUCAUCAAGACAACUGUCUGGGUCAGCAUCAGCCAUUCCUUACACCAUCUGAUUCGUAUUUUUCUUAUCCAUUCAUGUUUGGAAGAAAUGAACAAAAUGAUCAGUCAAGUUUGCUUUCAAAUUCGUUACUCCACUACAACAGUUCAUAUGAAGAACCACCGCUCAAAAAGACCAAGGCAUCAAUACAUUUUCCCUUAAAUAAGCAGACCUACAGAUAUCACGCCGAAGAAACCAUAAACCCAUCAAUUCCCCCUCCAUCUCCCCUCUUUCAACAACAACAGACAGUAUUUGAAUCAAAUAUGAAUUCCUUUAAAAAUCUAGCCCAUGUGAAAUCAUUCAAACCCAACAACCUUUUCCAAAGCAGCGGAAUGUGGCCAAAUCCAGUGAUGCAAGCCACAACCGUAAGAAGUGACUAUCAAUUUUUGAAUGAAUCAAGUGUUCCUUUUAACUGUAAUUCAAAAAAGAUUCAAACACCACGUCCAAAUCAAAGUAUUUCCAACCACAGUUUUAAAUUUAUUCACGAACAAGGUGCAAUAGCACCACGACAAGAACAGACUGUUCUUCUUGGACCUCAUGGAACAUACAAUAAGAUGCCAAAAAGUCAUUUCAAUACAACCAUGAGCAGCACUCCAACCUCUCAUUUUCGAAAUUAUUUCUGA